UUUUUUAUUUAGAUUUUGUCACCUUUUCAGAGGCACACGAAAAAAAUACAAAGAUAUCCAAGAUUUAAAUAUUUGUGCAUUUACUUCAAUUUAAGAUUAACACCACAAAUUCCUCAUCAUGGAUUGGCUGUUUGGAAAGAAAAUCUCACCGGAUGAGAUGCUGCGCAAGAACCAACGCGCCCUCAAUCGAGCUAUGCGUGAUCUGGACAGGGAGCGAAUGAAAAUGGAGCAGCAGGAGAAAAAGAUUAUUGCGGACAUAAAACGUAUGGCCAAGGAAGGACAAAUGGACGCAGUGAAAAUUAUGGCCAAGGAUUUGGUACGCACACGGCGUUAUGUGAAAAAGUUCAUGCUGAUGAAGGCCAACAUACAAGCCGUUUCGCUGAAGAUACAAACUUUGAAGUCCCAGAAUACAAUGGCGCAAGCGAUGCGCGGCGUUACGAAGGCGAUGCAAAAUAUGAAUCGCCAAAUGAAUCUCCCACAAAUUCAAAAAAUAUUGCAUGAAUUCGAAAAGCAAUCCGAGAUCAUGGAUAUGAAAGAGGAAAUGAUUAACGAAGCUAUGGACGAUGCAAUGGAGGAUGAGGGUGAUGAAGAGGAGACUGACGCAGUGGUUGCACAAGUGCUUGACGAACUUGGCUUGCAAUUGGGCGAACAAUUGGGAGACUUACCAACUGCCUCUGGCUCGCUGUCUAUUGCAGGUGGUGUAAAGAAUACACCAGCUGCAGUGGCAGCCGGCGGUGUGGGUGGGGGCGGCGGAGGAAAUGGUAAUGGUGGUAACGGUGGUGGCGCUGCAGCUGCUGGGGGAAGUGGUGCUUCGUCACCAGUGUCUGAUGCGGACGCCGACUUGCAGGCGCGUUUGGAUAAACUUCGACGAGACUAGGGCGGGGAUGCACCCCAUUUAAGAUGAGACCGCUUCUUACACUGGUUGUUUGCGCUUUGCUACACUUUUUUUUUAUAUUUUUUCUAUUAAAAUAUGAUUUUGAUUUUUUUGUUUGCGAAUACACGAGCUAUUUGUCCUGUUAUAUGGUAUUACAAACACGAAGUUUGGAAAGGGCGAAGUGCAUUGUAGGAAUGUAUGCCUGUACAAGUAUUUGAGCCCGCAUAUGAGAAAGAGCAAUUGUAAUUUGAAGUAUAAUAAAUAACAUUUAUGUUUUACUUAAUUAUAAA